AUGACUGAAGAAAAUAACCUUGAAAUUGAUGAAUUAAAUCAAAGCGACGAACAACCAGUUUUGGAAACUCCAGCAAAAGAUGAUGAGGGAGAAAUUGUUCCCAGUGAUAAUGAAGCUUUAAUUAAAGCUACAAGAUGUGAAAAUAAUGAAGAGAAUGUAGAAAAUAUUUCUGAAGACAAUAAAAGUCGAAAACGAAAAUUUGAGGAAGAGGAGGAGGGGGGAGGCGAGGAGGAGGAGGAAGAGCAUGAAGAGCAACAACAACAGCAGGCUGAUACAACAACUAAUGAUAAUGCCGUUGUUGUUGAAGAACCUAAAACCAAGAAGGCAGCCUUGGAAAGGCUAAGAAAUAUGAAAUUUGCUGUGAAAGAUCCCUUCAAAGAUAAUCCUCCUAAAGAACGACCAACAUUUAUUCGGUCUACCAAGCAUUCAAGAAAAUCCUCAACAACUUUAAAUGAAGAUGAGUCAUCCAAAACAUCAACUCGUAGAAACAGCAGAAAUGAAGAUACGUCAUCCUAUCGUUCUCGUCGACAUCGCCGUUCGCGUUCUAGAAAUAAUGAUCGUCAUAAUAACAAUAGAGGAGAAUCUUCUUCAAUGGACAAAGUAAUUGAAUCUCGACAUCAACGUUCUACAAUGUAUUUUCUUCAAAAAGAUCAACAACAAAAAUCAAAAUUUAAUUCACAACAAAAACAACAACAACAAAUGACUCGUUCUCUACCAUCUAAACCAAUCUAAGAAAGAAUUGAGGCACUUUUAGCUAGACC